AUGACGCGCCGGAUCGUGUAUGGCAUCUCACUGUGGGUGUUCCUGGGCGCUGUUGCAUGUACGAUAGCCGCCAUGGCACUGCCAAACUGGGUGACCUACACCUCGCCGACCGACCACGACCCCAUCCGCGUAUCUUACGGCCUACACAAACGGUGUAGCUCGAUCACGGGCCAGUGCACGAAGUUCCCUCAGUAUGAAGACUGCCAUGGCGAGAACCGAGGCUUCUGUUCAGCCUGGCGAAGCACGGCUUUCUUGAUGAAUUUCAGUGUCGUGCUCGAGUUGGCGGUAGUGGUUGCGUACGUUACGGUUCUGGUGGGAGGGAGAGGCGCAAGAGAAGCAGGAUGGAAGAUGAUAGCUGGACUAUUAUCUGCUGUGGCAGCUGGACAGAUCAUUGCAAUGGCACUCGUAGCACAUCUUUAUGAGACAGAUUCCCGGUUCUUCGUUGGGUGGGAGCUCGACAAGUCCUUUGUUCUGUGCACCGUGAGCUGGACAGUUCUGGUCAUCAACGCGCUCGGCGUCUGCUCCGCUGCGUACUUCCUACCCAGCGAGGACGACUACGAGGCUAUUCCGGAUCCUAGAUAG